UUAUGCUCUCUUGAAAUACAUUUUCUGUUUUUCUUCCCCUUCGUUCGUCCGUACGUUCGUUCGUUCGUUCGUUCUUUCUCUUACACUCAUGUUCGGAAUGAUGGAGUCACCCCCGAGUCAGGUGGUCAGGGACGCGAUCCACGCCGUCUCGCAGGCCAGCCCGACCCCCGGGAUCACGCCCAGCCUGGCCCACCCUCUGAAUCUGAUGAACAAGCUCCAGAAGGCGACCAGCUACAGCUCGCCCCCUCCCGUCGCCUGUCACCCGGAAAACAACGUGUGUAAACUCAUUGACUACAGAGGGGCGAAAAUCGCCGCUUUUCUGGUGGACAAUCGAGAACUUAUAUGUCUUCCCCAGGCGUUCGAACUGUUUCUGAAGCACCUCGUCGGAGGACUUCACACCGUCUACACCAAGCUGAAACGCCUGGACAUCACCCCCAUCGUCUGCAACGUGGAACAGGUCAGAAUUCUGAGGGGGCUGGGGGCCAUCCAGCCAGGUGUGAACAGGUGCAAACUCGUGUCGUGUAAAGAGUUCGACAUCCUCUACGAUGACUGCACUAACUCCAGUGCACGACCAGGUCGCCCCCCUAAGAGAAGUCCUUCUAUCCAUGCCAGUCCGGAGACAAUCGAGAAGCUGAAGAAGAGUCGACUUGAUGGCACGGAAUAUCAGUUCGAUCCAAGGCUUUAUGGCCUUUCCUAUUUUCCAGGUGAUCGGAAGUCUUUGCUGAAUGGGUUUCCACCCCACCCGUAUGCCAUGAGUCACCUCCCCUUCAUGCCACUCGCCCACCCAAUGAUGUCACCACCGGUUACCAUGGCAAUGGCACACCACCUGGGAUUACGGCCAGAUGGGUCAGUCAUCAAAGAGAGGUCCAGUUCAGAAUCGGACUUAAUGUCACCCAGAGGGCGAGAAGACCGGUGUGACAGUGUGGGUAAAUCAAUGGGCCAGUCAUCACCGUAUGAUCAGGAAAGAGCACAUUCACGACCUGUCGACAUUGAAGGAAACAAGCCCCUGAACCUGCAUGUUAAUGGCCACCUAAAAGAUCUCCACAAACCUUCCUCCCUGCUGAAGAGUGACGAUGAAGAUGAUGAUCUGGAUGAUGAUAAGUUGUCUGAUGAUGACAGAGAUGAUGACUUAGCUGAGAGUGAGGAGAUGAACAAUUCUUUCCAGAUGAAUGAAGACCACGGAGAGAAGUCGCUGGGUUCGAACCAGGAGCACACCAAGCCAGUGUUUGGUGGAGAGGUCAACGGCAUCUCGUCCAUCGAAACCCUUCUGCUCAACAUCCAGGGCCUGCUCAAAGUGGCAGCAGAGAAUGCGCGACAUCACGAACAUCAGAUCGGACUGGAGAAAACGGAAUUGAAGGUGGAGUUGAUGAGGGAACGAGAGUUACGAGAAACUUUAGAAAAGCAACUUCUGGAUGAACAGAAAAACAGAGUUAUUUUGACAAAACGUCUGAAGAAGGAGAAGAAAGCAAGGCGCAGGAUACAAGAACAGCUUGAUUCAGUUACCAAGUCCAACAUGUCCAUGCCAAACCUCGAACUGAGCAAGCCGGCAAACAGUCCCGAAUCUACACACAAUCUGGCUGAUUCUGUACAGCAAGAUUCAGAUGAAGAUAAACAGAGUCAGCCAGAUUUGGAGCGGAAAAUGACAGAAGCAGAGAGAAGUCUACACCAUGAUGUGUACGACAACUACCCAGUUCACCAGUCGAACAAUCAGCCACGUUUUCCAUACUUGUCACUCGUCCCCGGAGAAGUGCAAUGAACACUGUGUGGGCCACACGUCAGUGGCUCCCCAUCUACUCCCCAGUGAUCUUGUUACCAACACUGUGACAUGCUGUGAACAGUGAACAUUGCACUGAACACACCCUGUGUGAUAGGCAGUCAUGAAAUAUGGUGAAUUUAACACAGGUUUAGACCUGAUUUCAAUAUAAACUGAGAACAUUGCAGUGAACAUUGUAUUGAACUGACCCUGUGCGAUAGGCAGUCACAAAAAUGGUGAACACAGGUUUAGACUUGAUUUCAAAAUAAACUGACUGAGAACAUUGCAGUGAACAUUGUACUGAUCUGACCCAAUGCAAUAGCAGUCAACAUAAAAAUAUUGUGAACACAGGUUUAGAUUUGAUUUCGAUAUAUAAACUGACUGAGAACAUUGCAAAUACCAGUGAACACAUUGUACUGAACUGAUCCUAUGCAUUGAGCAGUGAAGAUACGAACAUGGUGAACACCCUCUUAAGACUUUAUUUCAGUAUAACACAGAUACAUCCGAGUGUUUCAUUUCAAGUUCUAACAAUGCCUGAUGUACGAUGUCAUGCCAAUAUGAUUUCGAAAAACAAAAAACCUGUUCCAAUGUUCACUUACUUGUUCAGGCUGAUGUUCACAAGCAGAUGGAGGAACUAUUUCAAUAACAAAAAAUGUAAAUGGAACCUUUGAAUGUGACACUGUGAAUCUAUACACCCUGACAGUGCAUGUGUUUGUUGUUGUGUACAGUGGACAGUGGUGAAGUUGUCUCUUGUAGCAUGUUCCAUUGCUAUGUGCUGAUGUUUAUGCUAUACUGGCAAGGACUUGCCAUAUAGAUCUAUCUAUCUAUAUAUAUAUACAUAUACAUAUAAACUAGUUAACAAUAUGUUGUAUGCUGUACGUACCCUAUAAACUAGUUCGAUAUCUCGGUGCAUGGAUGUUACAGAGGAGGAAUUCACCAAGGGAUGAACUGCAAUGGUCGUCAUGCACGUUUGUGUUUGUCCUGUUUUGCUGGAAUCACUGGGUAGACAGUGUUAUUGGUUUUUGUUAAUGGGGUGAUCAUUUAACUGCUGCAACAUCUUAUUAAGCAAAUGUCAAUGUGUAUAGAAAGGGUUUAGUCUCAGGUUCCUCUCACCCAAAGCGAUACUUAGUUUAAGAAAUGUAUAGCCAUGGGCUGUUCGUGGAUUAUGAAGUUCUAGAUUUUUCAUUUGCCCUAUUAGUUAAUUAGUCAGCUAGUUGAUUGUACGUUAAUCAUCUUAAAAAACAGGAGAUUGUUUGGCAGAAGAGGGCAGCUGUUGUUUAGAAAGUAGUCAUGGCCUGCCACAGUUAGAUUGGAUGGGAAUAACCACCAAAUUUAAGAAUUUUCCAGGUCAAGACAGGUUAAUAAAAACAGGAUCACGUUUUCUGCUUAACAGUUGAAGAGUUCAUUUCCAAAAUGCUGUAUAUCCAUUUAUGCCAUUUUGAGAAAAACAUUGUGUUGCUACACCAUGACAUUGUGUACAUCACACGAAGGACAGUUUUAACAACCUAUUCAUUGGACAUAGAUCACAUUUUGAUGGACACUUUAUUGUCAUAUUGUUGAGUAGCAGUUGUACUAACAUUAGUACACAUUCAUUGAUAAUUGUCAAAUCUGAAAAUUGGCAUAUAUUGCAUUUUGGAUAUGAUCUCUUCAGUUUAUUUCCAACUUUUCAGCAGUAGUUUCUUCCUUAGAAAAAAAAAUGAUUUGUUAACUUCUGAUGUUAUGUCCAUCUCCAUUAAAGUGUUGAUGUAAGACAUUAAUGGAUUAUGCUGCUUGCUGAGUGUUUGAAAUCAUUGAUGAUGAUGGUACUCAUUAAACUUUCACAGGUCUGAUUUAUACUUGUAUCUCGUUUCAUGUAUGUUAAUUAGAACAGUAAUGGCAUUUAAUUUCUAACCUCAUUUUGUUUUUACUUUAGUUACCAUAGUGAUUGGACAUUUAUUAACUGCUGUCUAUCAUAUAUAAUGAUCAUGCUGAAUUAAGAUUUAAGUGAAUGUGAUAUUUUUAGACUUGGUUUUGUCUCAAAAUUAGAUUUUUGUGUUUAAUAAGCAGGCCUUUCAUUUGUUUUGUAUGGAUUACUAUAUUAGACAGUUCUGCCUAUUAUUAGUAUUUGAAAAAAAAUGCAGUUGAUCCAUCAGAAUAUCUCUUUUUUCUUUUUUUUUAAAGUUUAUAUUACUCUUGGUAAAGAUCAUCAGAAUAUCUUUUAAUUGCCAUGUGCAUCACCAGGAAUUGUCUUAAAGGGAUUCGUGUUUGUAAUGAACUAUUACAUUUCAUGGCUUAAAAAACAAAUUCAAAACGUCAACAGAAAAAAUUAAAUGGCUAAAAGGAUGUUCAUUUGUUUGAACAAGUACAUUUUAUGGCCAAUACAUUUUUAAGGCAAAGAAUUGCAGCAAAAAAAAGAGAGAAGAAACCACUAAAAGUGUGUUUGUUCUUAACACCCAAAACUGCUACAACCCAGUGGCACACAUGUUUGAUAUUUUAUUCAUCAUUGUUCAUUCUAAUUACCUUUUAUGGUUACCAGAGGUGGAAUUUCAUAUCUUAGCACCACCCAUACACUCUUCCUGUCCCACAUACAUUUCAAGACAAUGCACACAGUUUUCCAGAGUUUUUGCCCAAGUGUUAUUUUCAUCUCUGAUUUAUUCAAAUCCAUACAAAAACUUCAAUAUCCUCAGCAUAUAAACAUGUAUUACAUGGCCUGUAUGUAUACAUAACAUAGUGAUCUCGUUAAUCAAUGUCUCAUGUUCAUUCAGUAGGUGUAACAUUCAUUGUAUAUCACAUGGAAUAAAUGCUAUAUGAAGUAGUAUUUUGUAUAUCACAUACAGUCACAUGUAAACCUUUCAUUAUGUCAGCAAUAAACGUCAUUGUGCCUCACAUCCAUUCAAUAAACAAAUCACAGGGAAUAGACAAACUUCAAGUGUAUCAUAAUCAGUGAGUAGGCAGUAGAUACGGGAGGCAAAUUUAAUAACCGUCAUACAUAUCGCAUACAUUUAAUCGACAUUCACAGUGGUAGUAAUCCUCACUUGUGAAUGUUUCGUUUUAGUUAUGGAGUAACUCAUUAUCGAUAUGAAAAUAUUGGUGGCAUAAAAUUCAUUUACCUGAUAUUAAUAUGAUUGGUUUAGAAUUCUUUAAUACAGGCCAACCCAAGUAUUAUCAUCUUUGCUUCAGUUUGAAAUUCCAUAUCACUUCAUCCAGUUUCAGCUUUUCGAGAUAAUUGUAUGUUAUCAUUAACGUUUCAUCUUGUCUUCAGUUGUGUCCUACCUCACAGGUGAUGGAUACAUGUAGCAGCAGGGUUCGAAAAAGUAGUCUAUUUUUAGUAUUUUUAGGUGAAGUAAAAAUUCACCUGUUAAAACCACUCCAAAAUUGCAGAUAAUUUUGUUAAGAGAUAGAUGUAUGUACGAUUAUAUCAUCUGAAGAGAUAACAUUAGUAUCUUGUGAUUUUGUUACACUUCAAUACCAUAAUGCUCUAAAAUACAUCUCAGAAGUCCUCAUUUUCCACAAACAUUACACACCUUCAUGUCAUCCAUUGCUGUCUUAUUUCCAGCAGCUCAUAUGUUUUUUAAGCAGGACAUAUUUCCUUUGAACUGCUAUUUUGGAGAAGAAAAAAAAAGCAGUCCAUAUUUUACUUACUAUUUUGAUCCCUGUUUACAGUGUGUCGUAAAUAAAUCUGAACAAAAUUAUUACUAUAUUCUCAGAAUCAAGAAUCUCCUAUAACUUACUGCCAAGUCCAUUCUUUAUAGGAGGAUAGCUAUUCCUUACGACAGUCCUUCCUGUUGCUGCUUUAGGCUAUUGCUUCGAAGACGGUUUUCAUAAAUCUCAACCAGAAAACCAUAUUUCUUCUGCCAUUGUUUUUUUAAAUAUUUAUUUUAAUAAAUGGGUAUAACUAACAAUGUAAACCUUGCAUUCAUACAUCGCUGAACACAAGGUUUUCUUAAAAACCCAUGUACCAGUAUUCAUAUUGAUGGUCAUCAUCAGGUAUCAGCAGCAAUUGUUACCUAAUCUGUUUUGGGUUUUUUGGGUUUUUAAUUGUAAUAGAUGUAUAAAUUGGUUGUGAAAUCUGUGAAUACAACUAUUGUUUCAGGUUUGGAAUAACACGCUGACUCACAAAAUAACAAUGUGGAUCAUGUAUUACAAGGACACAGAUAUAUAAACUAGUACUGUAACGUUUCAGUGUGGGUCAGUAUAUAAACAAAUCACAAUGCUGAAUUGUCAAAGAAUAUAUCGAAAUAGAACAAUAGUAAAAUACGUAACAUUUCUUCUAUCUGGUAAUGUAACAAAUUAAUACAUACACGUGCUUUAAAGGCAUAUUGUCACAGACCACUGAUCUAUUUAAUGGUCUAACAAAGUAUUACCUGAGCAAAAAUUAUUUGAUUUGUCCCUAAAUGUACUUUAUUCAACCAUCUUCAUAACCACCACAC